AUGCGAGCAUUCAUUGUAUUAUCGUGUUUAGCUUUUGCCGCGGCUCGACCUGAGGCACCUAUUCAAUCUGGCUAUUCGUACAACCGUCCUGGUGGAUCCGGUGGCAUUAGCACAGGCUUUUCGGGUGUCAGUGGAUCUAGUUUUGGUAUCGGACAUGGAGGCGGCUCAUUCGGUAGUAGUUUCAGUAGUGGCGGUUCAUCGAGCUUAAGUGGUUUUGGCAUCGGAGGUGGUAGCGGCGGUGGUGGAUACAGUGGCGGUGGAUAUCAAUCAAGCGGUGCUGCUGUUGUACAAAAGCACAUCUACGUCCAUGUUCCUCCACCAGAGCCAGAGGAUGUGCAACCACAACGUCAAAUCCCAGUAGCCCAAGCCCAAAAGCACUACAAAAUCAUCUUCAUCAAAGCUCCAUCGCCACCAUCCUACCAAGCACCAAUCAUCCCAGUUCAACCACAAAAUGAAGAAAAGACAUUGGUCUACGUUCUUGUCAAGAAACCAGAAGAACAACAAGACAUUGUUAUCCCAACGGCUGCCCCAACUCAACCAUCCAAACCAGAAGUCUACUUCAUCAAAUACAAGACACAAAAGGAAUCCGGUGGUGCAGGUGGUUAUCCAGCAGCUAACGUUGGCUCUUCGUCUGGUUUGGAUUUGAGUGCACCAGGCCCAAUUGGUGGCGGCUCAGGCAUUGAUUUCGGUAGCUCAGGCAUCGGUAGCUCAGGCAUCGGUAGCUCAGGCAUCGGUAGCGGACAUGGAGGAUCGCCAUCAACUCAAUACGGACCUCCUGGAAAAUCUGGACCAUACUAAAUCUAUCCACCUAGUCUCUCUCUUUUGUAAAUACUUCUCUCACUAGUUGUUUAAGAUUUAAGUUUUUAUAUGAGAAAAAAAAACAGCAACAACAACAAAUUGAAAAUCAAAUGAAUCAAUGUUUGUUAAGAUGAAUUAAAUUGCAAUUAAAAAAAUACGGUGACAAAAUUAAA